AUGAGUGAAUCUACAAAAGUUCCUUCAUGGGAAGUUCAACAUUUAGAUGAAGAUUUAAAUAAAAAACUUUUAUCUCAUUUUAAAGGAGAACAUUUUGCUUUUGUUCAAAUUGGAUCUGGAAAAUAUUGUUUUCCAUAUAAAUUUUCUUUGGAUGCACAUUCAUAUUGGAAUUUUAAACCAAGACCAACUGAUACCUGGAUAGUUACUUAUCCUAGAUCAGGCACAACAUGGACUCAAGAAAUGAUAUGGCUUAUAUCAAAUAAUUUGAAUUUUGCUCAAGCCUCUGAUAUUUUACUUUUGGAACGUUUUCCUUUUUUUGAGUUUGGAUCAUGUGUUGAUGAUGAAACUUAUAAGGAAUUUUUAUCACUGGCAAAAAAUGAUGAAAUAAAAAAAGGUGUUGAUAAGGCAUGCGGCCCUGUUUUAAAAGAUUUAGAAAAUACAACAGAACCUCGUUUUAUAAAAACUCAUUUGCCCUUUUCACUAUUGCCACCAUCUUUGCUUACGUGUGGAGCAAAGGUGAUUUACGUAGCACGAAAUCCAAAAGACGUUGCCAUAUCAUUCUACAACUUUCAUAAAUUUAUAAAAACGUUAAAUUUUGUGGGUGAUUUUAAAACUUUUUGGAAUUUUUUCAAACAAAAUUUAAUUAUUUGGAGUCCAUAUUGGAAUCAUGUUAAAGAGGGUUGGGAUUUGAGGCAUAAUCCAAAUUUACUUUUUCUCUUUUACGAAGACAUGAAAAAAGAUUUGUUUGGAAACGUUAAAAAAAUGUCAAACUUUUUACAAAAACAAUACACUGAUGAAGAUUUAAAAAAACUAGUGAGUCACUUAGAAUUUGAUAAUUUUAAAAACAACAAAUCCGUUAACAUGGAAAGCCUGCGAGAUCUCGGAAUGCUACUCGAUAAUGAUCAGAAAUGCAUAAGAGCGGGUAAAACCGGAAGUAGCCAACAAUAUUUCGAUCCGGAUAUGAAUAUUGAAGCAAAUAAAUGGAUCGAAGAAAAUUUAAAAAAGACAAACAUCGAAUUUCCGUUAAAUUUAAUUUAG